AUCCAAUCCGGUUUGAGCUAGUUCUGGUACUGGAGGGAGGUUUAUGUUAAGUUACAGGCACUGUUGUUGAGGUGUAGGUGCAGGAGGGCAGACCCGCAUUUCAUUUAAUUUCCUAACCCAUACAAGGCUCUUUAAUCCCUGCAACCAAAGCAACGAUGGGGAGAAAGAAAUCUACCACUGAGGCAGAUGCCAGCGCAGAGCCAAGGAGAAAGUCUCAAAGGUUGUCAGAUAGAGAGACGCAGCCAAAACCACAGCCAGAAAAGACAAAGGCACCUCCCAAGAACAAAAAAGUGAAAGAGCCAGCAAAGGCCAAGGCAGAAGAGAAGAAAGAAGAACCCAAGGCAGAGAAAGAAGAUGUUCCAGCAGAAAAUGGGGAGGCCAAAGCUGACGAGGCAACAGCAGAAGAAGAGGACGGAAAGGCUGAAGAUGACAAAGCAGCAGAGUGAUAUCGCUCAACUUACUUGCCAAAGCUCCCUUUUCCUCCUUUGUUGUAAAAUGCAGAGAAUAUUUUUAUCUACUAUUUUCUUAAAACAGCAAUGUUUUUAGGGAUGUGAGCGCAUUUUUUUUAUUACUACAGUUUCCAUUCAGUUUGAGUUUUGUGAAGGGAAAGCUUUUGUCACUGUGGUCUUCUUGUGUCUUUAGGUUGUAGUUUUCUUGCUUUACAUGCAAUCAUGCUUUUAUGAGGAAAAGAAAAGUUUACUUGAGACAUUCCUGAAGCAUCUCGAGGGAUUUUUGUCCUGUACAAUUUUAAAUACAUCGUAAUACUAUGUGUUUGUUACAUAAUAGGAUGAUUUGAGAGUUGUGUUCUAUGCUUAGUUAGGCCUCGUUCACAACCUGUUUGGAUUGAUUUUUAUUUUUAUUUUAUGGUACAUUUCAGGACAAUUAAAUUGAUCCAUGUUCACAGCUAUGCUCAGACCAAAAUGCAUUACAAUAGUUAGCCUGUAUGGUGUUGGGAUUUCUCUUCCAAUGUACAGUGUCCUUAAAAAAACUUUGUUGUGGCGGGUAUAAAAUGCCAAUUAAAGUGGGAAUUUCUUUUAA